AUGUGCGGCCCAGAAGUACCACAGGACUACCAGCUCACGCGGGAUGUGGAAGGCCGCGAUCUUGUUCUUGAAGUGAGGAAAGGCCUGUACCACGACCUCUACCCAGAGUCGCAGGCCGAUCUUGUCAUAGCGAUGAACGCUGGGAUGGGUGUUCCUCAGUAUGCCAAGAUGUGGGGCCCCACUCUGAAUACGCUGUCUCAGCGGCGAGGAGGUUUGCUAGCGGUGACUUCGUAUUCGCCGGGGGAGCUGGUCAGGGAGGAGAAGCUUCUUCGACGUCUUUGGCCUCUACGCAUCUCGCCGGCGUCGCCCGAUCUGAAGGAGAUCCUGCUCACGAUGCGGGCCGGCCAGAGCCACACGCUGCAACGAAACGCGGGCGCGACGACGCUACGGGGCGCGGAGGUCAGCCUGAAACGUGGGGAUGUUCUCGAGUUUGUCAGCGGAGCAGCCGGACUGCAUGUGGUUUGCAGGGAGACGCUGCUUUAC